CGCCGUGAUGACGCAGCCCCAGGCCCGGUAGCGGCGGCGGAGGGGAAGGGCGCGUUCAUCCGGCCGCCGCGAUGGGGGGAGGCGACCUGAACCUGAAGAAGAGCUGGCACCCCCAGACCCUGCGCAAUGUGGAGAAGGUGUGGAAAGCCGAACAGAAACAUGAGGCCGAGAGGAAGAAGAUCGAGGAGCUGCAGCGGGAGCUGCAGGAGGAGCGAGCGCGGGAGGAGAUGCAGCGAUACGCUGAGGACAUGGGCACUGUCAGGAAAAGAGAAGAAAAGUUGGAGUGGAUGUACCAGGGUCCUGGAGGCAUGGUGAACAGAGAGGAAUAUCUUAUGGGUCGCCCUGUGGACAAAUAUGUCUUUGAGAAGACAGAAGACAAGGAUGCAGGCUGUUCCAAUGAGACAGGCCUUCUCCCAGGCUCCAUCUUCGCCAAGUCGGGUGCCAAUUCUGUCCUAGAUAUGGCAAACAAAAUCCGGGAGGAUCCACUGUUCAUGAUAAGAAAGAGGGAGGAGGAAAAAAAGAGAGAAGUCUUGAAUAAUCCUGUUAAAAUGAAGAAAAUCAAAGAAUUGCUGCAAAACAGUUUAGAUAAAAAAGAGAAGAAGAAGAAGAAAGAGAAGAAGAAGAAGCACAAGAAACAUCGACAUCGUAGUUCUAGCAGUGAAAGCGACAGCAGUGAUGAGGAGCGGAGCAAAAAUAAGUCUCAGAAGAGGAUGAACAGUUCUUCCUGGAAACCUGCAUCUUCUAAAGUCCCAGGAUAUGGCUUACAAUUUAGAGACUCUGACCAGAGCCACAGGUCUCGGAGCUCUCCAGCUGCUGGCCAGGAGAGGGCCCCCCACAAGCACCGGGAUCGCUCCAGGUCCAGGAGCCAGUCCCGCUCUCCUCAGAGACGCUCUAGCAAGAAGAAUUCAGAACAAUCUGGAUGCAGGGGGUCACGAUCUCCUCCUAGACACAGUAAACAACAUAGCAGUCGGGAGGAGAAAGGGAAAGCUAGAAGCCCUUCCCCUAAAAAGAGCUAUCGACGACAGCAUGCUCCAGGCUACACAAGAAAGAUCUCUCCAGAGGAACUAGAGCGUAAACGCCAGGAAAUGGUGGAUAAUGCCAAGUGGCGCGAAGAGGAGAGAGCAAACAACCUCAGGAAACACCGAAAGGAGGAGGAGCUGGAGCGAGAACUGGAGAAACUCGACUCCCGAGAUGGGAAGUUCUUCAAUCGCUUAAAACUAGAGAGUGCAUCUACGUCCACGCUAGAAGAUCGGGUGAAACGCAACAUCCACUCCCUUCAGAGAACUCCCGCUGCCUUGGAAAAAAACUUUAUGCAGAGAUGAAACUUGUUCUCCCUCUGCUCCUGUGCAGAAGUUAAACGGAUGCUUAUUCCCAAAGGUGAGAGACCUCCAGCACAGCCUCACUGCUCUCUCCAGGAACAGCUGCCGUCUCCCAAAGAGGCGCUGGAUUUCUGUGCUGCAGCCCGCAGCGCGUUCUGGACUCCUGGCGUUGUGAAUACAUUUGUAAUGAGUAGGACCUUGCAAGCAAACCUUUGCUGGAGAACUCGUGAGCCUUUGUAUUCUCUUUUUAAUGUAUUGACAGAGCUUUUCCUUCUCUCUCCACCUUGACUGGUAUCACUGUUGUAUAUUGCCGUUACCAAAUUAUGCCAGGUGGAAACUGCUUUCUACAUCGGGCAGAUUGUCCGAGCUCUUUAUAUGACAGAGCAAAACACCUAUUUUUGUUAGUCCUUAACAGUCAGAGCAGAACAAAUUCACAUGUGAAUUCAUUUCAUGGAAUUUGAUAAAGCUACACAAGUAACAGCCAAAAUCCUGUUCAGUACUGUCACCGUUGCAGGUUUGGGUUUGGAGGGUGAUGUUAGACGAGUCUGCACAAUAUCUGUAGCCGUUAUUUGAUUGCUCACAGAUUUGAAUGAUGUUUGACCCAAAGGAAGCUGCUUCGAAGGGAAAGGAAAUGAGCAGAGCAUAGCUGACACAGCAAAUAUUUCUCUGGGAUUUUGUAAUGUAAGUAAUGUGUAUAUGUACAGCAGCGUAGAUUUUUUUUUUUUUUUUAAGAAAUUUUACUGUCA